AUGAACGACCUUCUAAACUUAAUCAUAGACUUCAACAUGGAAUUCAUGGAAAAGCAUCUAAAUUUCAGUAAAUUCAUCUAAGAUGUGAGCAUGUUUCUUGGCUGCUACUAACUCCAAUCAAGUUUAAAUAAUUUUCGCAUUUAUAUCUCUUUUCCACAUGACAGCUAUCUGCUUUUUCCUAUUCAUGAACUUGGAGAUGAGCGCCUAAUUAAAAAAUUUGCUUUUGCAGAUUUGAAACAUGUGCUACUAGAUAGAUUAGUAAAACUGCUUGGUGGCGAAAACAAUAUAAUAAUGCAAAACUUUAAUAAUCCAGCAGGUACUGUUAAAAGGCAAUGCUCUCUAUCAACUGCUAUGAUGAAGAGCAUUUGCUUCACAAAGUAAUGGAUUGAGUAGGUGAGCAUCAAACAAGUGGAAUAAUUUUCUGCGAGAAUAAUGGUUAUUAAAUUUCAGUCUGAAGAUCCUUCAUAGUAUAGCUCACUAGUCAAUGCCAUAUUUGCAGCUUAAAAAUUGAAAAUAACAAUCGAUAGCUUAACGAUUUCAAUUGAUCCAAUGGAAUCAUAAAACCAUUCUAGCAAUAAUCAUCUCAAUGGGAAUGGCCAACAAAUUUAAAAUCAUAAUCAGCAGUAGCACUCUCAGUAUCAAUAGAAUACUUAAAUCUCGACAUAAUCCCAAAUGAAUACUUCUCAGCAUGAACAUCCUAUGUAAGCUCAGCAUUAACCAGCAAGAUAGCAAAUUUAGCUUGAAGCGAGUCUUUUACAGUAAGCAGCUAAUUUGACAUCUGGAGCAGCAAUCAAUUUAAAAACUCAUAGGAUUGAAAGUGAUUUAUUUCCAACUCUGCUUGAGGUAUUUUCAAGCAACAGGGCUACCAGAGACAAACUUAAAAUACCCUUGAUUGAAAUGGUUGAUUAUCAGAGCAUGAAUAGCACAUGCAUUUGCUGCAAUAAAAAUAUCAACCUGGGUUAUUCUUGCAGCUAUUGUCUGAGCUUAUACUGCCCUGAAUAGAGCACAAAUAGAGAUUUCUGCUAGAUUUGUAAUAAAAAAUUAAAAAAGGUAUGGAGCUAUUGA